AACAUGAAUGAAGACAAAGAAAAUUCAAAAUAAAAGUUUGAAACGAGUAUCCAUCCAAACACCCGAUCCUUCAAAUAGUCAUGAUACAAUGAAGAACACCACCAAAUAAACUGCCAAACCCUAAAAUAGCAUGAUACAGUACAAUGGUGUUCAAAGGUAGAUUCUUCUCUUCAAAGAGAUCGUCAGGCACUUCAAGCCCUGAAAGUUCAGACAGUCCUCGAUCGAUCAACUCUAACUCCAAUUCCCCAAUCAGAUCCGAAAAGAAGAAGCCCAAUUCCGCCGGUUCUCCGUUCCGUCAAACUCCAGUCAAAGAUGCUGCUUCAACUUCAACUUCAACCUCAAACCGAAAAUAUCAGAAUCAGAAAAAAGAAUCCAAAACUCCAGUUACCACAAAACCUCAAUCAGGAGCUGCAUCAUCAUCGAAAUCGGUUCCGCCGGCGGUUUCCCCAAUUUUGGCGUCGUCACUUGGAUUGAAUCGGAUCAAGACUAGAUCGGGGCCGUUGCCGCAGGAGAGUUUUCUAGGGUUUAAUAGAGAUAGUAAAGUCUCUUCUAGUAAUCUUUCGAAAGCAGGUGGUGGUGAUGCAAAGAAGACGAGCUUUGGUGCUGAUGUGAAAAACGUGCCUUCUUCGUUGGAGAAUGGUGAUCGGGGUUCAUGGGAACGUUCUCCGCUUAGAAAUGGAGAGUCUUCAUCAGAAACUGGGCGUCUGAAGUCAAGGGGAUACUCUGGAAACUUGAGGAGUUCGGAAGUUUGUACUCCAGAGAUGACGACAUCAUAUGAUUGUGAGAACCCUAAGGAAUCUGAAUCACCCCGUUUUCAAGCUAUACUUCGGGUUACAAGUGCACCUAGAAAGAGAUAUCCCAUAGACAUCAAAAGUUUCUCCCAUGAGCUGAACUCGAAAGGCGUGCGGCCUUUUCCACUUUGGAAGCCUCGUGGUUUGAAUAACGUAGAGGAGGUUUUGUCGAUGAUACGGGCUAAAUUCGACAAAGCAAAAGAAGAAGUAGAUGCUGAUCUGCAUAUAUUUGCUGGAGAUUUGCUUGGAAUUCUGGAGAAGAAUGCAGAAAGUGAACCACAAUGGCAGGAAAAUUUGGAGGAUUUGCUGGUAUUGGCUCAGAGGUGUGCCAUGACGUCACCCGGAGAAUUUUGGUUGCAGUGUGAAGGCAUUGUUCAAGAUCUUGAUGAUAGGCGUCAGGAGCUUCCUAUGGGUAUUCUGAAGCAACUUCACACUCGUAUGCUUUUCAUUCUCACCAGAUGUACACGGCUGCUACAAUUCCACAAAGAAAGCGGGUUAGCUGAAGAUGAACUUGUUCUUCAACUUCGCCAAUCACUGCAUUCUGCAGAUAAACAUCUUCCCACUGGUGCUUCAAAACCCAGGAAAUUCUUCAGUCAGGAACAAAACAGGUCGGAUUUGAAGAAAGAAAAGGCGAUAAAACCUGAUAAUAUUCUAACUCCAUCUUCUUUAGAAACAACAAAAAACUUGGAAUCAUCCCCAUCAGGAAGAGAUCGAAUGGCAUCGUGGAAAAAAUUCCCGUCUCCGGGAGGGAAAAGCCCGAAAGAGGAAGUUAUGGUAAAACCACUGAGGGAUAAUGAGAUAGUACCAGAUGUUGAUUUGACUGCUUUAAAGCCUUCUGAAUUAAUAAAAGAUUCACAUCCACAAACUGUUAAGCAUCAACAUCGAGUUUCAUGGGGGUGGGGGGAUCAACCAAAUAUUACGGAUGAAAGUUCGAUUAUUUGUCGUAUUUGUGAGGAGGAAGUUCCUACACUACAUGUUGAAGAUCAUUCUAGAAUUUGUGCAAUUGCUGAUCGAUGUGAUCAAAUGGGUUUACGUGUAGAUGAACGGCUUAUUAGAGUUGCUGAAACCUUAGAGAAGUUAAUGGCACAGAAGGAUGUUGCUGAUGGUGCUAAAGUAUCAAAUUCUGAAGAGUGUGAUAUGCUUAGUGAUUGGUCACGGAGAGGUUCAGAGGAUAUGCUUGACUCUCUUCCAGAAGCUGAUAAUUCUGUUUCCAUGGAGGAUCUUAAAGGUUUACCAUCCAUGUCGUGUAGGACCCGUUUUGGUCCCAAGUCUGACCAAGGAAUGACCACCUCAUCUGCUGGUAGUAUGACUCCUAGGUCACCCUUGACACCUAUGACUAGCCAGAUAGAUCUCUUGUUGGCAGGAAAGGGUGCUUACUCAGAACAUGAUGACCUUCCACAGAUGAAUGAACUGGCAGAUAUUGCUAGAUGUGCUGGAAAUACACCCUUAGAUGAUGACCGGUCUUUGUCAUAUUUGUUGACGUGUCUUGAUGACCUUAGGGUUGUCAUUGACCGCCGAAAAUUCGAUGCUCUCACUGUUGAGACAUUUGGUGCGCGCAUAGAGAAGCUUAUUCGGGAGAAGUAUUUGCAGCUUUGUGAGAUGGUUGAUGAUGAAAAGAUUGAUAUCACAAGUACUGUUAUUGAUGAAGAUGCUCCACUGGAAGAUGAUGUUGUGCGUAGCUUAAGGACCAGCCCUAUGCAUUCAGGGAAGGACCGAACUUCUAUUGAUGACUUUGAGAUUAUAAAACCCAUUAGUCGUGGAGCAUUUGGUCGUGUUUUUUUGGCCAAAAAAAGAACAACAGGGGAUCUUUUUGCUAUAAAGGUCCUUAAGAAGGCUGACAUGAUCCGCAAGAAUGCUGUUGAGAGUAUAUUGGCAGAGCGUGAUAUCUUGAUAUCUGUUCGCAAUCCUUUUGUGGUUCGAUUCUUCUAUUCUUUUACCUGCCGUGAAAAUUUGUAUCUUGUCAUGGAAUACUUAAAUGGUGGUGAUCUAUAUUCAUUAUUGAGAAACUUAGGCUGCUUGGAUGAAGAUGUUGCUCGUAUAUACAUUGCAGAAGUGGUGCUUGCCUUGGAAUAUCUGCAUUCUCUAUGUGUGGUUCACCGUGAUUUGAAACCAGAUAAUUUAUUGAUUGCACAUGACGGUCAUAUUAAGUUAACAGAUUUUGGGCUUUCAAAAGUUGGUCUGAUUAACAGUACAGACGAUUUAUCUGGUCCAGCAGUGAGUCUGGGAGAUAACAAUUCUCAAUCAUUAUCUGGGAGUCAGCAAGAAAGACGUAAAAACCGCUCUGCUGUUGGUACACCUGAUUAUUUGGCACCUGAGAUUCUUCUGGGAACUGGACAUGGUACAUCGGCUGAUUGGUGGUCUGUUGGUGUAAUACUAUUUGAGCUGAUUGUUGGCAUUCCUCCUUUUAAUGCAGAGCACCCUCAGAUGAUAUUUGACAACAUUCUGAACCGUAAUAUACCCUGGCCUGCAGUGCCUGAAGAAAUGAGCCCUGAAGCGCAGGAUCUUAUUGAUCAAUUACUGACAGAAGAUCCUAACCAGAGACUUGGAGCUAGAGGAGCAACCGAGGUGAAACAGCACCCAUACUUUAGGGAUAUUAACUGGGAUACACUGGCCAGACAGAAGGCUGCAUUCAUUCCUUCAUCAGAGAGUGCACUGGAUACCAGUUAUUUCACGAGUCGGUACACGUGGAAUAACUCAGAGCAGGUAUAUGCAGCCAGUGAAACAGAGAAUUCUAGCGAUGACGGAAGCAUGAGUGGUAGCAGUAGCUGCGUAAGCAAUCACCGUGAUGAAGUGGCUGAUGAGUUUGGGGGUCUUACUGAACUUGAAUCAGGAUAUGCCGUCAACUACUCUUUUAGUAAUUUUUCCUUCAAGAACCUAUCACAACUUGCAUCAAUCAACUAUGAUUUGCUGACUAAAGGGUUGAAGGAUGAUCUGCCUACAAACCCUAAUGUACCUGGAUCUGGAUCUACUUUUUGAAAUGGAUGUUUGUAUGCUCUGAACUGAUUUAAACAUCAGCUUGCUGUUGGUUGUAUAUAAUAUAUACUGUAAAUGUAUGUAUCUUUUUUACAAUAUAUUGUAGGCUUUUCCCAACAGAUGAUCAAUUUCAUAUGUUUUUUAGGUUUCAA